UUCAUCAUCUUUAUCUUCUUCAUCAUCUUUAUCAUUAUCAUCAUUAUCAUUAUCAUCUUCUUCUUCUUCUUCUUCAUUAUCAUCUUCUUCUUCUUCAUCAUCAUCAUCAUCUUGGUCUUCUUCAUCAUUAUCUUUAUCUUCUUCUUUAUCUUCUUGGUCUUUAUCUUCUUCAUCUUCAUGGUCUUCUUCUUCUUUAUCUUCAUCAUCAUCUUGGUCUUCUUCAUCAUUAUCUUUAUCUUCUUCUUUAUCUUCUUGGUCUUUAUCUUCUUCAUCUUCAUGGUCUUCUUCUUCUUUAUCUUCUUCUUUAUCAUCUUCUUCUUUAUCUUCUUCAUCUUCAUCUUCAUGGUCUUCUUCUUCUUUAUCUUCAUCAUCAUCUUCAUCUUUAUCUUUAUCUUCUUCUUUAUCAUCUUCAUCUUCAUCUUUAUCAGUCAUCAUCUUCUUUAUCUGUCUUCUUCUUUAUCAUCUUCUUCAUCUUCAUCAUCAUCUUCAUCUUCUUCUUCAUCUUUAUCAUCAUCUUUAUCAUCAUCAUCAUGGUCUUCAUGGUGGUCUUGGUCUUCUUGGUCUUCUUGGUCUUCUUCUUCUUUAUCUUUAUCUUUAUCUUUAUCUUCUUCUUCUUCUUCUUCUUCUUUAUUCUCAUGGUCUUGGUCUUCUUGGUCUUCUUUAUUCUCAUUAUCUUCUUUAUCUUUAUCUUUAUCUUCUUCUUCUUCUUCUUCUUCUUUCUCAUUAUCAUUCUCUUUAUCUUUAUCUUCAUUCUCUUCUUUAUGGUCUUGGUCUUCUUGGUCUUCUUUCUCAUCUUCUUUAUUCUCAUUAUUAUUCUCAUUCUCUUCUUCUUCUUGGUCUUGGUGGUCUUGGUCUUCUUUAUGGUCUUGGUCUUCUUGGUCUUCUUUAUUCUCAUUAUUAUUCUCAUCUUCUUCUUCUUGGUCUUGGUCUUCUUCUUCAUGGUUAUGGUCUUGGUCUUCUUGGUCUUCUUUAUUCUCAUUAUUAUUCUCAUCUUCUUCUUGGUCUUGGUCUUCUUGGUCUUCUUCUUCAUGGUGGUCUUCUUCUUCUUCAUGGUCUUCUUCGUGGUGGUGGUUCUUCUCAUUAUUAUUCUCAUUAUUAUUCUUAUUAUUCUCAUUCUCUUCUUCUUCUUUAUUAUUCUCAUUAUUAUUCUUAUUAUUCUCAUUCUCUUCUUCUUCUUGGUCUUGGUCUUCUUGGUCUUCUUCUUCAUGGUUCUCUUCUUUAUGGUCUUGGUCUUCUUGGUCUUCUUUAUUCUCAUUAUUAUUCUCAUCUUCUUCUUGGUCUUGGUCUUCUUGGUCUUCUUCUUCAUGGUGGUCUUCUUCUUCUUCAUGGUCUUGGUCUUGGUCUUCUUGGUCUUCUUCUUCAUGGUGGUCUUCUUCUUCUUCAUGGUCUUCAUGGUGGUCUUUCUUCUCAUUAUUAUUCUCAUCUUCUUUAUCUUUAUCUUCUUCUUCUUCUUCUUGGUCUUGGUUAUCUUCUUUUUCUUCUUUUUUCUUCUCAUUAUUAUUCUCAUCUUCUUGGUCUUUAUCUUUAUCUUCUUCUUCUUCUUCUUCUUGGUCUUGGUUAUCUUCUUUUUCUUCUUUUUCUUCUUUCUCUUUUUCUUUAUUCUUAUUAUUCUCUUUUUCUUUUUUCUCUUCUUCAUGGUCUUUAUUCUCAUUAUUAUUCUCAUCUUCUUGGUCUUUAUCUUUAUCUUCUUCUUCUUCUUCUUCUUGGUCUUGGUUAUCUUCUUUUUCUUCUUUUUCUUUCUUCUCUUUAUUCUUAUUAUUCUCUUUUUCUUUUUCUUCUUUUUCUUCUUUCUGUUUAUUCUUCUUCUUUUCUUUUUUAUUUUCUUCUUUCUCUUUAUUCUUAUUAUUCUCUUCAUUCUUCUCAUUCUUAUGGUCAUUCUUAUUCUCAUUAUUCUUAUUCUCAUUCUUAUUCUCAUUAUUCUCAUUCUUAUUCUGGUCUUCUUGGUCUUGGUCUUGGUCUUGGUCUUUCUCAUUCUCUUGGUCUUGGUCUUUCUCAUUCUCUUCUUGGUCUUUAUCUUUAUCUUUAUCUUUAUCUUCUUCUUCUUCUUCUUCUUGGUCUUCUUGGUCUUCUUCAUGGUGGUCUUGGUGGUCUUCUUGGUCUUGGUCUUCUUCUUGGUCUUUAUUCUCAUUAUGGUGGUCUUCUUGGUCUUGGUCUUCUUGGUCUUUAUUCUUAUUAUGGGGAAACAGCUGAUUAUUGA